AUGCCGCGUGGCAAACUCACGUGGGACGAGGACGCGACAUUCCCAAUUCACAGCUUUCUGCGCCAGUAUUGGGAUCCUCAAGGUGCUCACAUGGUCGAGGUUCUGUGGGAGGGAAUUUGGGACCCAUCCGUCAUUCGAACUUGGGAGCCUGCAUCGCAGGUGCUGCCGGGCAACUCCUCACUUUUAAAGGACUUGAAACGGAGAUGUGCGGCCUCAGCCUCAGACCGAACUCGACCGUCAUCGCCUCAACCUACCGAGAUCGGCCUGGUAGACGCGAUGCAACUCUUGCGGUCGCAUCGCCAAACUGUCGUCUUCUCAGGUGCCGGCAUCUCUGUCUCUGCAGGAAUUCCAACCUUUGCCGACUCGCAACUGAAACGGUCUGAUUUUCAGGCAUCGACAGUCGACCAUGACACCUUUCAAAUUGACAUGACGGACCUCUGGCAUCUCACGCAGCAGGCCAAACCUACUCCGUUCCACGCCUUAUUGGAAGAACAAUCAAGUAUUGUACUUCACAUCACGCAGAACAUAGAUUGCCUCGAACGGUCUCUCCCAGCCGCCGAGAGGAAAACCGUCCGACUACACGGGUGCCUCGACACGGUUCGAUGCAACAUCUGCCCGAGCGAUCACAGGUGGCUGCGAACCGACGACGACGCACCCGAGCCCGGCAGUCCAUGUACCAAAUGCGAGGCAGACGCCAGCCGUCGCAGGGCCAAUGGGCAGCGCGUGCGCAACGUCAAGUCUCGCGUCGAGGCCGACGUGCGCCGGUACGACGAGACCGCCAAGGAGAUCCCUGACAUCAGCCACAUUGCCCGUGGCGGCGGAGGGCUGAAGAAUUUCGAUAGCAUCUUGGUCGUCGGCACGGCUGCCACCAUCCCCAACGUGCAAGCCAUGAUCGCAAAACUGUCGCACGCGGUGCAUGAGAGGGGCGAUGGAGGAGUGGUGAUUUGGGUCGGGCCCAAGGCCCCAUCGUCAAGCCGUGCGACGCGUCUUGGUUUGGAUUACUGGUUAUGUGUCGAGGCGGAUAGGUUUGCGGAAGAGUAUGGCCGUAUAGGUCGUCGCUAG